CUUUUUAAAUCAUAUAAAUCUUGAGCUAUUUUUGUAACUUUAACAGGAAACCCUUUGAGUGUUGCUGUGCUUUGAUUGGUUGUGCGUCAAUAUAUCGCUCUUCAGCAAGCCAACCAUGACGUCAUGCGUUCUUUUCGUCAAAUAAAAUUUCUUCGAAUGCAACAAGAGCACAGAUCUAGUCGAAUCAAUCGCACACGCGUCAAAAGCCGCGGGACAAAAAAUCACGUAAAUUCAAACAAGAUUUCUGUCGGAUUUUCUGCAUUAAGAGGCUUCAUCAUGUCAGCUUGAAUUUGGGGUAGAAAAUAUAAAUCUUGCGGAUGAAAUAUUGGAACCAACUUUACGAGAUUUAGUAUCAAGCAUGGAAAAACAAAUUGGAUCAAGUCGCUUGCAGGCAAGUGUUAACGGCGAGUCAUACCGAAGAGAAUGCAAGUUGUACUCGCCUUACAGGGCUAAGAGUCUAAUGGAACUAUCAGCUGAACAUAAGAAUAGUUUCUCUGCAAGCAUGGGAGAUUUAUCGCUGAUCAAUAAUUCCAGUUUUUAUCAUCGAAGAAGCGUGAUGUUCGAAGAAGACCUCUCGGCCCAUGAGGCCAUAUUACAACGUGCACGCAGUAGAUUCCGUGAACUAGAGCUGAAAUACCCAGACAUCUUCAAGAAAACCACUCCAAGGAAUUCUAGUUUUUUCGGUGCUAAUGGAAGGAGUUCAAGUGUACAAGGGAUGCAUCGCGUUGGAUUAAAAACAGCGUCUAAUAAUGUGCGCUUUGCUCGAUCUCACGUCGAGUUAGAAACCGAUCACCAACGAAACCAAAAUUGGACCCAUUUGAGCGAGGAGUUUUCCCUUCGGACAAGGAAAACUAGACCUCCGCCAUUAUCACAAGCGAUAAGAUCGAGCCACCUGGAAGGCAGUUGCGAUAGCGCGUUCGAUGAGAUUGAAUCAACAACGGCCAGGAUCACCCCAGAUCGAAGCCCGAAUAAUGGCUGCGAGCCAGGAAAAAACUCUAACCUUUUCCUGUACCCCGGGGACAGUCUAGAAUCCGAUAAGGACAGUGGUAUUUCCACGGAUCGACCGUUUAUUCCACAAGCGCGCGUUGUACGAGCAAAUCGACCAGUAACUUUGGCCGUUGAUUCUCGUCUCCCCGUAUCGAAGUCGCAAAGUUUAUCUACAUUGGACACGAAUGAUGAAGGAAGAGACGUACGCGGGGUAAGCGCGAGGUCUGCUGUCGAUAGAAGAGGGAUUUUAAAGUCAGCAGCUUAUAGGAAUCAGGGGAUCAAAACUGGCAGUUUAGAUCUCCCUCACGCUUCCAGCGGUCCCUAUUCCAAGCAUACACAUUCAAAUCGCCGCUCUCGCCAUGGAAAUCAAAACAAAUCAGAGAUAUACCAACGUAUGAGUCAAUACUCUAACUAUGGUAGCCAGGAUGAAGGUACCAACUCGGAUGCAGAGACUAUCUAUAGUACACAGAGUGAAGUUCUUGCUCGUCACCAUCUGUCAGCAAGGCAACAGUUCUUGAGCACAUAUAAUCUAGACAAUGAAAGCUUUGAAAGUAUUAAAGCCAACAGGAUACAAAAAGCAAAGAGUCUACCCAACUUGGAUUAUGAGGGUUCAACAUUUGAUCAAGCCCCAGGUUUUAGGAGUGAGCAGGUGGAUUUCAGUAAUGCAAAGAAAAAGAAGAAGCGUAUUCUGCAGCGAUUUGGAAGAAGGUCUGGACUUUACAUUGUUAAUGACACCCCGGAAUUGGACAAACCAAAGCUUCCAGCAGGGAAAAAACAAAAACUCAGUAAAAAGCUCAAGAAGAAAAAGUCAGUAGAUGCUGCAAGGCAUAUCACAGAGUCCACCAAGGACUGGUUCGAUCAUACUACAGCUGUGAGUAGGCCUACAGGAGGCCAGAGUCUUGGGAGAGUUGUAACAAUGAGAGAGGACAUUGGUAUGGCUUAUGAGAUUGAACUACAGAAGCCGGACAAUGGUUUGUUUGGAUUCUUUAUCCAGAAAGGUUACAAACAGUUUAAUAAAGGGAUCUUCAUCAGUCGUAUAAUGGACUCGUCAUCUGCAAAGUUUCUUGCAGGACUUCUUAAUCCAGGUGAUGAAGUACUUGAGAUCAAUGGACAGAGCACAAAGACUAAGACUACAGCCGAGGUCCAUAAUAUCAUGGCAAGCUCAGAUAGACUUUUGCUUACAGUUAUGCCAUACACAGGACGGAAAGACUGGUAGACAGGCAGUGGUCAGAAAUACAGACAUUAUUAUGACACAAGGCAGAUGUAACAGUGAAACACCCAAGGGGAAAAUAAUAAACAGGCUAUAUAUAUAUUUAACCCCCUUCAAAAAAAUAUUCUAUUCCCUGGAGGGUCUCUUCUCUGAAUUGUGUUUCAAAUGUUUUGCUGUUCUGCUUGGUAGAGAUCAGAGAAAGGCACACCUGCUAGAAGUAAUUUGAUGUAAGGUGUAUCACUUUACUCUAGAUGUCAGGGCUCUAGUAUGUAUGAUACAAGUGGUACUUGCUUUUCAAUCACUCCCUUUCACAGAUCUUUCUUUAGAAACAAGCGACACAGAAAGCUCUACAAAGUUGGGUAGAUGUAGAUGGAUGCAGAGUAAUUGGCAGGCUAUAGAUUUUUUUUAAAUAAAAUUGCUGUGGGUAUCUUUUUUGGGGGUGUUGUCACAUUUUGCUAAAAGUGUCAUGUCAUCAUCAAUCAAGGACUCAUAUCUAAAAUCUGCAUUUUUUUUAUACACCACUGUUAAAGCCAGUUAUUGGUUUUGUGGUUAAAUUAUUUCUUGGAUGGGAAAAAAGAAAAGAUUUUGGUGGUGAUAUCAAAUAUUUUUGUGUAUAUAAAACAUGUUUGGCAUUAAACAUUAAACAAAUAGAAGCACUAAAAGGUAAAAGUUUUAUUUAUCAAUAUUGCAGAACAGUGCUGUAAGGUUAUUUUAGACAAAAAAAGUAACAACCUCUUGGUAGGAGGAUGUAAAAUAUUUAUUUUACCUCUGGAUUGUUGACAAAUAAAUGAAAUUCAAUGAA